GCACCGCCAUGGUGAACCUGGGGCUGUCCCGUGUGGACGACACGGUGGCCGCCAAGCACCCGGGUCUCGGGGAAUACGCCGCCUGCCAGUCCAGGGCCUUCAUGAAGGGCGUGGUCAGCUUCAUCUCAGGUACGGGCACCACCUUCAUCCUGCUGACCUUGGCCCAGAGGAAGUUUGCGUACCAUCUGCAGUGGAGCCUGCUGGGGGCUGUGGUCGCAGGCUCUGUGGCCAGCUAUGGGGUGACCAGAGUGGAGUCCCAGAAAUGCAGUGACCUCUGGCUUUUCCUGGAGACGGGGCGGCUCCCCCAGGACCAGGACACAGGUGAGCGCAGCUAGGGGGACCUGCAAGCAGCCCUCCGUGUCCCCCAGCCUCAGGCUGGCCCACCAUGCAGCCCCACUCCAGCCAAGUCCGUGCACGGCAGCCCCAGGUCUGAGACAAGUUUGGCCAGCCUGCCUCGGGGGACCAGCACAGUGGGCUCCCCAUGGUGCCAAGGCAGACCCCCGACACCUCCUAUCCAGCCCCUGUGUCCCCAGCAGGCGCAAAACUAAUACACAGCUGUGCUUUCCCA